AUGACCAGCCCCUCUCCUAGUUCCGCCGUCCCCUCUCAAGUCCCCCGGCGCCGCAAUGGCCGUCCGCAGGCCUGCGAGCCGUGCCGCCGGCGCAAGGUUGCGUGUGACCACCGGCUCCCCAUUUGCUCCAGGUGCAUCCGCAAAAGCACGCCACAGAGCUGCCGGUACCUCAUCCAGGGGCAGCUCGUGACACCGGCUCUGCGCCGGUCCGCCGGCAAAGGCCAAUCGGCGGAAGUGCUGGGUGAGCGGCGGACGGCAGCGGCCAGAGAGCCAACGGUGUUAGUUGGCCAGAGCCAACAACUUCUUCAGCAGGGCCUGAGCCAACAAUCGUCAGCGGCAGCCCAGGCCAGUGUUGGCUCGUCGACGCUCGACAAUAUAUCACCCCAAGACGAAAACGUGGGCUAUCUCGGAGCCACGAGCUUUCCAGAAUUCUUUCGCGAGACCCAGAAGCGCCUCGACCAUGUAGUCGGGGCCGAGCCGGUCCGUGACGGCGGCAAGCAGCCGAGCGAGACCAGCUCCGGCCCCGCCCGGAUGGCCCCCGACGCCACCGCAUUCGAGGUGGCCUUGUCCGUGCUGCGGACCAUCCCGACCAAGGAGGCGGCGCACUUCUUGUUAAGGCGCAACGUGAAUCCCAACGACGGCUGGUGCCGGCUGGCCCUGGAUCGUCUUCACGCCUCGCUGUGGUCAGCCCUGGGCCACUUCCUCGACGGCCAGCGUACCAACGGGAACAUGUCUCAGCUGGCACUGCUUCUGUUCCAAAACAGCUCCAAGCCGCUACGGGAAGACUUUGUCGAUCCCGGCGAGUGGUUCGAGGCCUUUUCAGGGGAAAACUUUCGGUGGGAAGGCAUCGGGCUUUUGUUCGCCUUUUGGACGUUUGGAGCUGCUUCCUUGUCAGACAACGGCACCGUCGAGCAGCGCAAGUGGCUCGGGCACUACAAUCGUAGAAACCUCAUGCAGGUCUACCAGAAUGCUGUCGUAAAAUGCGUCGACCUCUGCCGGCUGUCGAGCUGCAACAACACCAUGAUGGUGUAUCUGCUGCACAUGCAUGGCCUCACUGCGUCUCUCAUCACUGGUGAUACAGGGGCUGAAUUCUGGCGUUAUCACGCAGAAUCUGUCGCUCUGGCCACCUUCCUAGGCCUCCACACGCCUCAGUCAUCUAGUCCAGCACCAGAAACGUCGAUAUCUGUCCAGGUCAAGCGAAGAGUCUUCUGCGCCAUCUUCAAUGUCGACAUGGUCGUCUCAACCCUGACGGGCCGGCCUCCAUUGCUCAGCAGCAAGCUGUGCUCGACGCCGCUGCCUCUAGACGUGAGCGAUGAGUCAUUGCUCAAUGCCAAGGCACGACCUCACCGGUUGGAUGAGAAGGGGUGGAAUAUGGAGGGCAAAAAUCAUGCGGCGACGUUUCUGCGGGCCUGCUACAUCAUUGCUCAGAUACGGAGCGAGAUCCUGGAAAUUGUGCUUCAAGCACCUCAUGUGACCACCACUCACAAAUAUGAUGAUCUUCGGAGACGAGAACUGGAAGCUUACUCUCAGUUUCCCAUCGGGCUGAAAUUCAGCAGCGACGAUUUCAGCAAUCCUGCUGUUGACCCUCCCACUCUCUAUAUGAGAUUGCUGACGCGUCUUGAGCAUCUGAGCAAUUUAUUCUUCAUCGAGCGACUGUCGUACAAGGGAGACAACUUCUAUAGCCCUGAGAUGCUCGAAAUCAGUCUGGAGACAAUUACCCUUACCCUCUCUUUCUGGACGCAGCAGAACCGACUUGAAGGCUUACAGGGCGAUUAUGAAUGGCUUGUGAUGCUGCACGCUGCGCCUGCGGGAGGUAUACUGUGUAUGGAGCUCUUGAAGCAGCCGCACGGCAACGAAUCGGCGACCGUUCCGACCAUCACAAAGUCCAUAAUCAUCAAGCAGCUCAGUCUCCUUGUCGGGUUCCUCGAAUGGAUUGGUCCGGCAGCUCCGGGAGCGCACUUGUGCAACAGCAUCAAGAUGGUGGUCGAGCGAGUAAUGGAACAGGCUCUAAACCCGCCUCCGAAAUCUAUCACGCAGGAAGAGUUUGACUCGACGUGGGAUGUGCGUUUACCAGAAGACAUGUACGAGUUCAACUUCGGAUUGCUCGAUACAUUUGACUGGUUGAGGCUCCCACCUGGCUCACUCGAGCAAUGA